GUGCUUUGUCGUUGCCUUUACCAUUUUUAAAUCAGUGCUGUGUUUUUGCAGCUUUGAAUGCACCCCCACCCAACGAAGUCCAUCGGAUUGUGGUGGAAAGUAGUUGAUUAAAAUGUGAUACAUUAGGCGUCGUUGUGGUGGGAUUAUUGGUAUAAGAUCCUCGCCUUAUUGUAUUUUGUGUCAGCACUCUCUAACUAAUAUCUCACAAGCUGUGCUGUGUUGUUGACUACUCCGGUUCGAUGUUUUGCAACGUGUUGCUUGUGAACGCACCCCCGGCGGAUCAUUUGAUUGGCUGUACUGUAAGCAACGCGGUGGAGCAAAAAUGGGUGACGACUUGGGUGAAGAGUGGUGGAAGCAUGACUCUAAAUCAGGUGGUUCCGAGGAGGAGGAAGAGGAAAGCAGGACAGAAAAAGGAAACGUACAAAAGGAACCAGUGAAGAGAAAGAAGCUAACAGAAAACUCUGCGGGGGCAAAGAAGAAGAAGACAAAGACACAUGACCAACAGGAACCAGAGGAGCCUGGGAAGUCGACUAAAUCCUCCAAAAGGAGAAAGAAGAAGAAGAAGACAAUUACAGAUGUCUUAGCUUCCUCUGAGCCCAAACCAGGCUGUCCUGCAGACGUGCAGAACCUGCUCACACACUACUUUGCAGACAAGCGCUCCGUGAUUGAACUGGAAGAGCUCAAACUGCACGAUUCUUGUUUCCUGUCCUGCAAUGACCUGACACACAGCCUCUCCUCAUAUCUAAAGCAGAUUUGUCCCAAAUGGUCCAAAGUUCAGAAACAGCACACACAAAAGAGUUCGGUGGUCUUGCUCAUCGUCUGCAGCUCCGCCAUCCGAACCAUCGAACUCAUCAAGCAGCUGACGACCUUCAAGGGAGAAGCCAAGGCCGUGAAACUGUUUGCCAAACACAUCAAGAUAGAGGAGCAGGUGAAGUUGCUGCAGAAGGGGAUCACUCACAUCGGAGUCGGGACCCCCGCUAGGAUCAGUGCUCUUAUUGACAAAGAUGGAUUGGACUUGCAGGCCUUACGCUAUUUGGUUCUGGACUGGAACUGGAGAGACCAGAAGCUCAGGAAGAUGAUAGACAUUCCUGAGAUCAAAUUGGAUUUAAUUAAGCUGCUGGAGACCGGGGUCCUCGGGCAAUGCAAAGCAGAUAAAGUAAAAAUUGGACUAUUUUAAUAGCAAAUUCUCAACUUGCAACAUGCUAUUUGCUAUUAUUACUACCAUUAAUACUAUUUUCAGUGCUGUGUGUUGUUCUCAAUAAUGUGCUGCAGUAUUGCUAGGCUUGCUACUAAUAAAGGAAUCUUCUAAAAAAA